AUGAAUACAAGAUUAUAUGAUCAAAAUUCAUCAACAAAUAUUAUCAGAAUACCAGAAAUUUUAUCAAUAGGAAACAAAAAUGAGCUAUCAUCAACAAAAAUAGAAUACAUAGAUAUGAUCGUAGAUGAGAACUAUCCACUAGAUGACUUGGUAAUAAAUCCCAUAGAUUAUCGUGGUAAUACUCCAUCAAUGUUAAACAAAAAACAAAAAUCCUUAAUAUCUAUUUAUGACAACAGCCCUCAACAACAACUAUCCUCAUAUCAGCAGCAAUCGACAACUAGUUUUCAUCCGUUAGUUGGUAUAAUCGGUCGAAGUCAACGUUCGCAAGCAUUUAUAAAACGUCUUUUAUUAUCGGGUUUCCCAAAGCCAAUCUUAUGCGAUAUAAAUUCAAAUGAAAUCGAUAUAAAUUAUAAAUCGAAUUAUGUAUCAUAUGAAAGUUUUUAUGAAUUAUCACCAACUAUUGUUCUUAUAACUGAUAAUUUAACAAGAAAUUUAGAUGAUUUAUUUCCUCAAAAUAAAUCACAAAUAAUAAUUGAUGCACGACAAAUAUAUAUUAAAUAUUCUUCAAAGAAAUCUUCUCGCUCAUUAUUAUCUAUUCCAGGAUCAUAUCGAGCGUUUGGAAAUUUAUCGAAUUGGGAAAUUACAAAUGGUACACAACGUAUUGCAGUUGCAAUUGAACAAUAUCCACCGUUGAAUCUUAUAAAAUUUGUUUAUGAUUUAAAUUGUUUUCCGCGUGGAAUUCAUUUUCUUGAUCAAUAUUCUUACAAUAAACAACAGAGAAAAUCAUUUCGUAAUUGUUUAUUUCCAUUUCUAUCCACAAUCAUUAUAUUUAGUUUAUGUUUUAUUGUUUCAAUGGUGGAACAUAAUCAUGAUAUUUUUAAUUCAGUAUUAAUCUAUCGUCAAGCAAGUUCUAUAACAGCAUCAACUAGUAUAUUACUAUUAGCAUUAUUAUUUUUCAUAAGACCCAUACUAGAAUUAAUUGAAUUUAUUUACUUAAUGAUAUUAAAAAAGCAAAGAAUUCAUGAAAAUGCUAUAUCAAAAUUCACAUUUAUUCAAUGUUGGCUUCAAUCAAGACAUUAUCUAGUUUGGUGUUCAUUAUUGUUUGCUUUGCUACAUGUAUUGUUUUUAAUAUUUUCUAAAAUUGAUUUCAAUUCAAAAUUAUUCACUUGCGGACUCUUUUUUGGUAUAUUUACUCUCAUGGUACUAUUCAUAUUGUCUUAUGCUCAUUUUCCAUGGAUUAGUGAACAUCUUCUAUGGAAUGAAUAUCGUCUUUUAACAUCUUUUGUUGGAACAUGUUGUUUAUUAUUAGCAUUUAUUCAUAUUUUUCUUCAUUGGAAAUUUCAUUCAGAUUUUUUUAAUUUAAAACUUCUUUCAAUGAUUAUACUAUGCAUUGUAUUAAUACUACGUUUGAUUAUAUAUGGAAUUAUACAUCCAAGUUUAAAAUUAAUUCAAUAUAUUAGAACUCGAUCAAUGGAAACUUCACUACUUUAA